GUCGGCACGAUCUAUUCCUUCGCCCCUAUUUUUUUUUUCUUUUUGCGAUUCCUUCAGGGUCAAUCCCUUCCCACGUGCAGGUGGCCUUGCGCGAUCGAAAGGGGCCAAAGUGGCAGUGAACCAGGGAAGCGACGCACGAGGGACGGUUUUCGAGUGUCUCCUUCCACGUUGUAGAUCUACAGGAAACGGCAGACAGCGUGCCUGAUCCCCCGGCAGAUCGCUUGCGUUGGUCGUCUUCGCCGUCGACAUCAGAAGGAUUGUGAUACACAGAAUACGAGCACUGUACCGAGUACGAGAAUUGAUUUGCCUGUGCAACCGUGUCCGAGAGUGGGGGCCCGUCAUCUGGGUCGACCAGCGAUCCCGGUUCCCAUUUGUUCCCUUGCGUUACCACCCAGAAGCAGGCCCCAAGCAACAUGCCUAUCCGCCUGGCAAAGUACUCCGAUCUCGAUGCCAUCUCCAAGAUCCUGGCAGCCAGUUUCUACGAUGAGGAACUGAACGACUGCAUCUUCCCCUACCGGAAACAAUUCCCCGACGACUAUGUCUUUGUGUGGAAGCAGAAGGUCCUCAAGAACUGGUGGGAUUACAACAAGAUAUGGCUCGUCAGCUAUGAGAAAGACCCGUCACAGAAGUCUGGAGAGAUUAUUACUGGCGCUGCAGAAUGGGGCCGCGAGGGUAAAGGUUCAGACCGACUCUGGGGUCUGGUGAGAUGGUGGGAUCCAAGAAGAUUGAUCUCUCCAUUCAUCGGACUCUUUUACACUUUCCACCGCCUUCUCAUCCCCAACCGCUCCGUAGCCGUGCCCUCGCUCUCGGACCCCAACCCGCUGAACAAAUGGAACUUUGCACUGCGCAUCGAGCCCUUUUCCGCCCGGUUCUUCACCCAGCCGCCCUCCCGGGUCAACCACUGGGAACUGUCGACCCUCGCCGUCCACCCGACAUACCAAGGCCGGGGCAUCGGCCAGAAAAUGGUCGCCUGGGGGCUCGAGAGAGCCAGGAAGGACGGGCUACCGGCGGUGGUGAUUGGGGCCAAGGGCACCGAGGCGUUCUACCAGCGCUGUGGAUUCCGCCACCUGGUCGGCAACGUGUCGACGGUCGAGAUCGAGGACGACGACGAGUGCAAAAAGGUCGUCCGGCUCGACAAGACCAAUCCGCUGAAACUGCGAGGCAUCACCGGCGGGUCGGUCCUAUGGACGCACCUAGGGGACGAGGGUGAGAGUCAAUAACCGAUGCCCGUUCUUGCUCUUCAGCGAUGAGACAAGACUAAUGGGGAAGGUCUUGAAUGGUUCAUUGGACGACAGUGUCCCGAAUGGAAGGACUGAGGAAGUGAAUGGGAGAGAGAGGGACAAAAGGGCAUGAUCCUUCGACUACAGAAGAACCAUGCCGUCCAAAGAAAGGUACAAGCCUUCGCAAGCCCAAAGGUCGCCAGCAAGGCCGCUGAAAGUUCCAAUAAAAUGUGCAGGUGUUUUGCCUGAACUUCUUCUGUCGUUGUA